CCUUCACGGCCGUAUAAAAACAGCUGAUAUCUUCCAGACCAGAAUAAACUGGUUACACUUUUUUAUCGCUUGUUGUGACCUCAGAGCGUACACGCCAGCUAGACUACACGAUAGUGAUCUAGAUCUAGUUGUUUCUUUCAGACGCAGGACAAUAAUUGUACAGACAAAAUGGCCGACGCUAAAAGCAUUAAAGUCAUUUACUUUGAUCUCAACGGUCGCGCCGAAGUGCUCAGACUCAUUUUAACAUAUGCAGGCAAAGAAUUUGAGGACGUCAGGCUGGCCAGGGAAAAGUGGCCAGAGGUCAAGCCCACAACCCCCUUUGGCCAGGUCCCUGUGCUGGAGAUUGACGGCAAGAAAAAGGCGCAGUCCAUCGCUCUAGCCGCCUUCCUCGCCCGGGAGUUCAAGCUGUAUGGGAAAGACAACUGGGACGCUCUCACCAUCGACACCGUGGCUCAGCUUGCUGAAGAUCUGAUCCAGUCCUAUGCCAGAUCCUUCCGCGAGAGCGAUCCGGUCAAAAAAGAAGCUAUCGUGACGGAGGUCAAAACAGAGGUAGGCCCCAAAUUCCUGGGCUUCUUCGAGUCGCUGCUGAAAGAGAACGGCACAGGGUUCUUCGUCGGGAACGACAUCACCCUGGCGGACAUCAUUAUCUACGACCUUGCUACCGGCUUCAUGAAGGUCGCUUUUGAAGCCAUCGACAAUUUCCCUCUUGUGAAAAAAGUAGUGGACACCGUCGGUGACAAUGAGAGAAUCAAGAAAUACGUAUCAGACAGAAAGCAAUAGGAUGUUUUAUGGUGGACAAACUAUUACAUAUUAAUUAUGUUGUUAUGUGUUCUUAGCGUCAUAUGUUGAAGUGAAUGCCUGUGGUGGUUGAAUAUGAAUUUGUUUUUUUCUCGUAAAAGAAAAGUUGCAAUAAAAUUUAUUACAAAGUUAAUUCCUUUAGUAGCUUGUGGUUUUAGUGAGCUGUGAGUCUAAUCCAGAUAGAGAGUAUUAAAUAUGAUAUGUACCAAAUUA